AUUCAUGAUUUCUUUCUGUAUUCAAAUUUCAAACACAAAGAUUUUGUUUUUAUUAUUUCUCCGUAAUUAUUGCAAUUUUCUUACAAAUAAUCUUUUUUUUUUUUUUUUUUUUGGAAUUUCUUGCUGCACUGUUGAAGCUCUGUUGCAGUGACUUCAAUGGCGGAAAGUCAAGCUUCAGAAUUCUGUUCACUAAACUCCAAACUCAAAUCUUCUUCUUGUGUUCAUCUUGUAGCAUUUCUAAAACUUUAGUGUUGAAUUUCUUGGUUUUGUUUUUGAAAUUGAGGCAGCCAUUUUUGCUUUAUCUUUGCGGUUCUGCUAUCUCCCACUUCAAAGCUCAUCAUCCAUUUUAGGAAUUUUUUCUUUUUUAAUAAAAAGUUCAAAACUAUUAAAUUAUAGGGUUUUAAGUUUCUGUAUACUUCACUUGGUUUCUACAAGCUGUAGCUAUGGAGGAGAAAGAAACCGGAGUUUCUAGGUUUACAGUUACAAAUGAUGAAGCCCUAGACAACUUCGAGUUAGCUCCAAGAACAGAAGCCCUAAAAUCAACCAGUGAGUCUAAAGUAACGGAGGUCGCGGUAGCUGCUCCACCACCGGGGUUUGUAGCGGCGACUGAUACACCACCGGUGAGUGUAGCGGUAUCUAGUACUGAAACAAAGAAGAAGAGAGGGAGACCGAGAAAGUACGGACCGGAUGGGAAGCGGUCACUGACAUUAGCGUUGUCGCCGAUGCCGAUAUCGUCGUCAAUUCCACUGACCGGAGAGUUCCCGAAUUGGAAACGAGAUAACGAGAUUUCUCAAGCGAUAGUGAAGAAGCCGCAGAGAUUCGAGUUUGAGAAUCCCGGUCAGAGACUUGCGUACUCUGUUGGUGCAAAUUUUACUCCCCAUGUGAUCACUGUCAAUGCUGGAGAGGACAUUACAAUGAAGGUUAUGUCUUUCUCUCAACAAGAAUCCCGAGCUAUUUGCAUUCUUUCUGCAAAUGGGACAAUUUCAAAUGUUACCCUUCGGCAGGCAACUUCUUCUGGAGGUACCUUAACAUAUGAGGGUCGUUUUGAAAUACUUGCAUUGACCGGAUCAUAUAUGCCCACACAGAAUGGAGCUACAAAGAGCAGAUGUGGUGGGAUGAGUGUCUCACUAGCGGGUCAAGAUGGACGAGUCGUCGGCGGUGGACUUGCUGGUUUGUUGGUAGCUGCUGGUCCUGUGCAAAUUGUGGUCGGCAGUUUCCUUCCAGGUCACCAGCAAGAACAAAAGCCAAAAAAACCUAGAAACGAAUCCACAACGAUUUUCUUCCCUCCCGUCAACACCAUUACUGGUGAAGAAAUGAAGGCAAUGUAUGCUGGUGGUAACAAGCCUAUUCUCACAACGCCGUCCUAUCAAGAACAACAUAAUCCACCGUCCCCUACCCCUGUGACGGGCUUCAAAAUCUCCUCCACUGACAACUUACCUCUAUCCGAUCAAGAACCAAAAACACAAAGUCAAUCAAACUGUGAGGUUUCUUGUUGAUCAUGUGAUUUUGUAGUUUUCAUUCUUCUCCUCCUCCAUAGGUCUCAUAGUUCCUAACUCAGGUCGACCCAUUUUCAAAACUGAUAAGUUCAAAUUAUUUGGGUCCUCAGUCCUCUCAUUGUGUUGGUUUAACUUGAUUUUUGUGCUCUUUUUCAUCAGAUAAUAGGUGUCUUAGAGUCCAUUAGGCUUCUUUGUGAUUCUUGCUAUCAAGUGUCUUUUUACAGGCUUUAACAAAUGGAUUUCCACGGUUGCCACUGGCUAGCUAUUAAGUCGAGCAGCGUCGUGGAGUCUUCAAGCUCAUUAUAGCAGUUUUAGAGACUUCUCUCUCGACUUUAGCAGCAACAGACCUUAUUGAUGUGUAAAAGAUUUGAGAAACAUUGUUUUCCAUUUUCAUUACCAUAUGGUUUUUGUAUGAGAACAUUGUUGUGUUUGAGUAAAAAUCAUUUCAAUAUCAACUUCUUUA